GAAAAUUUAACCAUUUUGCCACAAGGGAAACCGGUAUCAAAGAAUGCAGUUCAGUUUUGUGGCAUCAAAAAUAACCUUCAUAUACUUGCUGUCGUAUCCAAGGAAGUUCAGUUCAAAAUGUCUUGGAAACCGGCCAUUGGUGCCAACUUGAUUCACGAUUAUGAAGUUGGAUUGUCAUCUACAGCAAGCAGCAAUGCUCCAGAUAUAGUUUCAUUUCGAGCAACAAAACAUCAUACUCACUUCCGACUUAAUCACCCAGAUGUCCCGGAUGGAAAGGAGUUUUAUAUUAUAAUCAAAUCUAUCAGUAAAGCAGGAGUUGAAGGAAUACAGAGUAUUGGGCCAUUUAUUGUUGAUACAACAAAGCCACGGUUUUCUGGCUCUUAUAUACACGUUUACUUGACAAACGAUGUUUUAAUUGCAAAUUGGACAGCAGACGCUUUCGAGGACCCAGACGACCCGUAUCCAAUGUAUUUCAAGUAUGCCGUUGGACAUAGACCAAACAUGUACGACAUCCAAUCUUUUCAAAAUUUACAAUUUGGUGGACCAUGUACACGAACUGUACCAGCCACGUGCACAGCCUUAUCUGUUUCACACCUGAAAUGGUCACUUCAUGGUCACCAUGACUACUACUUUACCAUCAAAGCUACAAAUCUGGCAGGUCUAUGCGUUAUUCAGACAUCCACUAGAUACACCCAUGAUGUUCAGUUACCUGCUGAAGGAAUAGUUAUGGAUGUUAUAACCACAUCAAAUCUUCCAAAUCAGGCCAAGGAUAUCGAAGACAGAGAUUUUACACCAGAAAGAUCAUCAUUGGCAGUGAGAUGGUCUGGUUUUAUACAUCCUCACCAACAUGUUAAUUACAGUGCUUGCAUUGGAACAGUUCCCAGAACUUGUGAUAUCUCACUAAUGAAAACGUUGGAGACUAACAAUAGUUACACCUUUAAAGGUCUUAAUCUUCAGCCGUUUCAGAUGUACUAUGUGACUCUUGAAGCAGGUACAACAGCCGGUAGUGUAAAAGUCAGUUCAGAUGGUAUAAGAGUCUUAGAUAUCCACACAAAUUUGACAGGCAUUGUUAUAAGAGAUGGCAACAAUUGUUCGGUGGCCCCAGACUUGAAGCUGAGUCACCAUAGCAAGGACACGCGGCCUACUUGUGAGGAGGAUGUUGAAUUUCAAUCUUCAACAACGAGUUUACACGUAUAUUGGUCGAUACCAUCAAUGUACACAGAUUACAUAAGAGAUGCAUUUGUUCAACUUGAAGAACGAGUGUUUGGAGAUAUCUGGAAGGAAUAUAGGGAGUUCCAGUAUGUAGGAAAACAUCAAUAUAUCACGUUAAGUAAUUUAGAUUUGGAACCAGGGAAAUCCUAUAGAGCUGUUGUUAAGUUUUGCGCAGAAGAUUUAUGUUUUCCACCAGUAUAUGGCAAUGGUAUUACUGUCAUAGUCAAUCCUCCAUCUAUUGGCAACGUCACUGUUCACCAGGUUGAUGAACCAAAACAUCACCAGCUUUUAGUAACAUUUGAGAGGAUGUAUGACCCUGAUAUAAAAGACCACGCAGAGGCCCAACGUGUUGUUAAUUAUUAUGAAUGGGCAUUAGGAGACAAUGUUGGUAUUCACACAAUAUGGAAUGAGAUUGACAACGCUACUGUCGUUGAUAUGGAGCAUAUACUAUUCACUGUACCUUUGAACAAUAGUUUGGAUUUUUCAAAAUGUCGUAAGAUAUUCAUCAGGGGUUACAAUAAGGCUGGCAUUUGGUCUACGAUUUCCACGGAGAUUAAAACAUGCAAAGUCAAUGAGGGUGAUUCUCUAAUUGUAUCAAAUGUUGUAAUUGAUGCUAUUGGAAUACAAGAGACUACAAUGGAUGGAACAAAACGUGAUGGAUACGGACAUGACAUUUAUCUCGAAGUGAAUGGCAGAUGGGACGAGUCUGAUGUUGAUUAUACACCGUAUAAAAAUAUUAUAUCAGGAACGUGGCCAUUAUUACGUCACAAGAACUACACAUGGGCUGUCAUCGACUCUGAAAAUUUAGAUAUCACAAGUUACUAUAAAGAUGAUGCAAAGCUAAAAUUGAAGGAUCCCUGUUCACAUCCUGAUUCUAUUAAAUGCGGAUUUACAGACAAAGAAUACGUUAACGUUAUAUUCGAUAUAAAUGAAGAAUUAGAACAUGGAAAACGAUACAUAAUUUGUAUCCAUGCACCAAAGAAAGAGAUACAAUAUGAGAAGUGGACAGAGGUUUUAGAAGAAACGAAUACUUGCAGUGAUGGGGUCACGGUUGAUUUAACACCACCUACACCUGGUCAAGUGUGGAUUGGUAUUGAUCCCGAUAGGAAAUAUCAAUCAUCGUCGUCAGAUAUUUUCGUCAGCUGGGAUACCUUUACCGAUGUGGAAGAAUAUAAGAAAACUGUGCAUAGUUCGGGAAUUAAAGAAUAUCAAGUUGGAAUCGGAUCAACGAAAGGAGGAACUGAUGUAUUUCCAUAUACAACUGUCGGUCUUAUAAACCAUUACACAAUACAUGAUGUACGGCUACAGAAUGGACAUGAGUAUUAUGCCACAGUUAAAGCACUAGACUUUGCAACUAGAAGUGCAAUAGCAGAUUCACAUCCAGUGAAAAUUGACGCCACACCGCCAGAAAAGUCUGACCAACCAAUAACUAUUGAAGGGCGCCAUUUGUCUGAUAUGAGUGAAAUCAAUACUUGUUGGAGAGAUGUAUUUUUAGAUAAAGAUAGUGGAAUUGAUCAUUACCUAUGGUCAGUAGGAUCUCAUCCUGGACACGACGAUAUUAUCCCAUUUACAAAGACUACAUUAGAUUGUGGAGUAUCAGCUGAAGAUACAAAAAUUGAUAUCCAUGAAGGUCAUGCCUACUUUAUCACCGUUAAGGCUAUAAAUAGAGCAAACCUUAUCAGCACAGCGUCGUCCUGGGCUUACAUAUACGAUAUGUCACCACCAAUUGCUGGUCAUGUCUACGAUGGUAGUCAAGAAACUGCUGCGUCUUAUAUGAAAGACAGAGAUUACCAAACAGAUGUGAAGACACUGUCUGCCUACUGGGAAGGUUUUCACGAUCCACAUUCUACCAUUAAGGCAUAUUAUGUCAGCAUAGGGACCUGUCCAGAAUGUGAAGACUUAUUAGUCAACCAGGAUAUUGGAAUAACUUAUAAUUACACCUUAUGUCAUAUGCAAUUGGGAUCAGGCAUUCGAUACUAUACUACUAUCACAGCAUGUAAUACUGCUGACAUGUGUACAUCUGUGACGUCAGACGGUGUUAUUAUUGACAACAGCCCACCAACACAAGGAAUAGUGCUAGAUGGUGUAGAUGUGUAUGACUUGGAAUAUCAGUCAUUGAGGCGUUACAUUUCUGCUAGAUGGUACGGAUUUACGGACCCACAGUCAGGUAUAGACAGAUUUUCCUGGAGAGCCGGAACGAAGCCAGGUCAAGAUGAUAUUGUCAAAUCAACACACUUACCACAGACUGAUAUUCUAGUUGAACCAGAUCUACUACAAAAACUGCCAUUAGGACAGCGUAUUUAUAUUACAAUAAAAGCUUACAAUAAAGCAGGGUUAACUACAGAGGCUACAUCAAACGGGUUCUACAUUGACAACUCACCACCAUCAAUACAGGUUAAACCGUACUUAUCGGCAGAUGUUGGUUCAAUAAAAGAUAAUUCAGUUGUAUUUCGGAGUACUAUGAAAAUCCAGUGGGAGGUUGAAGACAAAGAAUCAUUCAUACAGCGCCAGUAUAUAUCGAUUGCAUCACAUAAAGGAGGAGCGUUCAAUUCAUCUUCCACGGAGUUAAACGGCAUAGUGAGGGAGUAUACAUUUUCACAACUUGAUUUACAUGAUGGUGGAAAUUAUACAAUCAAGGUUAUAGUUUGUAAUGGUGCCAAAGUAUGUGUUGAAGAUGAAUCGAAAGGAAUUAUAGUAGACAGUUCACCACCUACACCAGGCAUGUUUGCUAUCAAAACUGACCAUGCAGCAAAUCUUCAUCGUCAUGUUAAUGGUUGGAUGACCUGGUCAAGAUAUAAGCUUUGGGUGUCAUGGUUGGGAUUUACAGACCUUCAUACUGGAAUCGACAGGUACUUUGUAUCCAUCGGUAGCAAGUACAUGACGGAUGAUUUUAAUAAGAUCUCUGGUUCACCACAGGAAUUUUUGCAUAAUCAGUCAGGAAUUGAUAAACAAGAUGAAGGAUUUGUUCAAACAUUUGAAGUUGAUACGAAAAAUCUGGCCAAGUUUGAAAACGUAUUUAUAAGCGUCUGGGCUGAAAACCAGAUCGGAUUACAAAGUAAAAUGAUUCAUUCUCAAUUUAAACUUGUGCCUGGAGGUUCAUUAGAAUUGAUAAGGAGAUGUGCAGCUGUCACGUGUGAGGGACAUUGUGUUUGUGCUGCACAAGGACAACGAUGCUCAAAAAGACCAUGUCAUGAUGUUACUAAAGCCAACAAUAACAACCUACUUGGCAUAUACGACAUUACAAAUAUCCAGGCAUCCUCUCCCUUUAGUGACAUAAAGUACACGCCAUCAAAUGUCGCUCUGGCUGCCAAAUGGCAUGUUAUUCAGGCACAAGGCUUGAGGCCUCUGUGGUAUGAAUGGACAGCAGGAUAUGCAGGUAAAGAUGAACCAGAAGGCAUCUUUGAUAAUUUAAACGACGAUGUCUGGCAUCAUGCAGGGCAAACAAACCAAGCAAUAUUGAGCAUAAAACGAGGUCAAAAGUUGAAAGAAUCACCAGUAUCGUAUGCGAUGUUUGUGAGAGCAUGGUAUGAUCACGACACGUAUGCAGACUUUAAAACAGAUGGAAUAUUAGCUAUGUCAACUCCUCUUCCCAAGCGGAAAAUCAAAGGAUCGGCGGUUGUGGAACAAAUACCAGGUCACUGGAAAAAAGAUAUAGAUUACAUCAAACCUGGAGCUCCUUUCACUAUCAAAUGGACGAACGUGUUUAAAGAUGAUGCCAAUAUCAUUGACAAGUUUAAAGUGUACCUAAGUACAUAUCCAGGAGGUCAUGAUAUCCAUGUAGUGGAAUUGGAUCUACCCGGAACCAUAACGUCUCAUAACAUCAGCCGAGUGCCGUUAUCUCCAGGGAAAUUAUUUUACAGUAAUGUUGUGGGAUACAGCUACUCUGGUAUCCAUGCUACUGAAACAUCCGACGGCAUCAUGGUUGACUCUCUGCCACCAGUAACUGGUACUGUCUAUGAUGGUAUAGGAAUACACGACACAGAAUAUCAGAAUAAUUCAGAAUUGGUCGGAGCUUCGUGGCAUGGUUUUUCUGAUCGAGAUUCGGGAAUAACCAAUUACAUGUGGUGUGUACAAACUAAAUCUGCUGUUGAACCUUGCGAUAUUAGAGUUUGGGAAAAUGUCGGGAUUCACCAUUCUGUAUCCAGGGUCGUUAACAGUUCAUACAUAAAUACAGGAGAGAAAGUUGAAAGUCUAGUGUAUGCAGUAGACGGUAUCGGAUAUAGAUCUAAAACAUCUAAAUCAAAUUGCGUCAUGAUUGACACUACGCAUCCAGGACCAACACUUAUGGAACAUUUGGAUCACAACAUUGCAACAAAUCCUUCGUUUGAAGACAUGAAUGGUCAAGCAUUUGAUUGGGAUAAUAUAACCAAUGUAAAUUUUUGCAACAACAUUGUUUAUGCUUUACAAUGGAAUAACUCAUUAGGAAGUUGUGUAGGAGUUUUAAAAUCGGAUAAAAAUGUAGCUAUAGACGGAAGGUCAUUCGUAUUUGUUGAAGGACAGAUAUCACAGUCAUUAGAAAAUUUAAAUGUUGGACAUUUAUAUCGUGUGACGUUUGUAACAGCCCAUCCUCCGAUUCUUGGUGCUGUUUUAGCAAAUAAAGAGGGUUAUAUAGAAUUAGGUAAUACAAAACACGUUUUUAUGGUCUAUACAAAACAGGAUAAACACGGAAGUGCAUCUAAAGAGUUAAACUGGCACCAUCAUACAUUCUACUUUCGUCCUUCCACAACAACAGAAACAAUCAAUCUUGGCAGCAUGACUGGACAUACUGGUAUUCUUUUCGAUGACGUGAAAAUUCAGGAAACUAUUCUUCAUAAUCAAGACGAAGCACAUAAAAAUGGCAAACAUAUUCACGCACAUGUGGUGGCUCUACAUCAGUGGUCGUCCAUCCAUGCCUCCUGGAGUUUUUUUGAUCCAGAAAGUCCAAUAGUAGAUUAUAUGUGGGCUAUAGGCUAUACAGAGGGAAGUACAGAGGUCCAAGGAUUUAAAAGUGUUGGUCUGAAUAACUUUGCCUACAAUUACAAUGUCAGUCUAGCUCAUACGUCAGUCAUCCAUAUUACUGUAAUAGCUACAAAUGCAGCUGGAUUACGAAGAGAAGCGCAUGCAGAGGAUCUUCUCGUGGAUUUAACAGCACCAGACAUUAGCUUUGUUAAUGAUGGCAUAGGUUCUGAUAUAGAUGCACAAACUACAGAAGAAGUAUCUGCAAACUGGGAGGUACAUGAUGCUGAAUCCGGAAUAGAUGUCUGUGAGUGGGCAGUUGGUUAUCAGCCGUAUGGGAAUGAAAUACAAACUUUCCAGCCAUUAGCAAGAGGAGUGAAAAUGAUAUCAAAAGUAUUCCCUAGCAAUCAAGUGUCUAUGCAGAUGAUACACGUGACGUUGCGAUGUAAAAAUAAGGCAGGAUUGCAGUCCUCAAAGUCGUCAAAUGGUGUUAAAAUUUCAAGUCUCCCGCCAAAUACUACCUUUGCCGAGGUACAAAUUCUACCACACACCUUAACAGAGUACAAUCCAAGAGAUCAUUAUCAAGGUGACACAACAUCCAUUAGGGUAAAAUGGACAGGAUUUGAGGAUUUGACAGGUCUAGAUUCCUAUCUUUUGACAUUUGAAAGCCAUGAUCAAUCAACAUUGAUUUCUAAGUCAAUAAUUGCCGAAAACCAAGACAUGUCUUAUUGUUUGUUGGAUGGAUUGGAUAUAUCGAAUGGAAACUAUUCAGCUAGACUUAAUGCUGUAAAUAAAAUGUACUUAAGGAGUACUCAAGUGUCCUCAGGAAUUGUAGUUUCUGAAAUGUCGCCAUUGUUAAUAGAGAACCCACAUUUGCGGCUUGAUUUAGAUAACCGUACAAUUACGGCAUCAUGGAAACAUCAUUUCAAAAUACAGCAGCCAACAUAUUAUGAAGUUUCGGCAGGUACGAUUCUGGGGGGCGCUGACAUCAUACAGUGGCAGGAAACAAAAAACACAUUCCUAGAAUUCCAGCUUCCUCCGAAGAUCAAAUCAAUAAAGGAUUUAACGGGAUAUAUAUCUGUUCGAGGUGUGUCCGCGAAUGGAAUGACAACUGUUUUAAAUGCUGCUAUUAAACUGUGAUGAGUGACAAUAUGUAACACUGAUUCCGUCCUUUAUAAUUGCUGUGAUAUGUUUAAUUUGAUUAUUGUUGUUUAAAAUGCCUUUUGUUAUGAAAUCAUGCAAAUAAAUUGUACGAAUUAUGAAACUGUAAAUAAAAAGUAAAGGUUUGAAAUUAAA